UUUGGAAUUUCUGAAUUUCCGACUUGGCCAGCUGCCAUUACAGCAGAUUACCGUCCCAUCGUUAAAUAUUGGGCAAUUGUCAAGGUUAGAUUGGAGAGUAGUGGCAAAACAAUCAAAAUACCAUCGGAUAUGGAAAAGUGAAACACUAACACCAACAAAGAUGAGCUCGAAUAAAAUAAAUUCGUUGACUACAUCCUCGAACAUCAGUAUAGUGAAAUCCUUGAAAUCCGGAGCCGACGAUGAAACGUCUGGAAAAGGCAGCUUUCUUGGGUAUACACAAACCUUGAUGUGUGGUAAGUACACCAGAGAUCUGGGAGAAUACGCUAGAAAAGAAGCACGUAGGCGCAACAAUAAAAUCAGUGUGGAUAAGCCCUGGAGUAAGGAACUUUAUGGAAAGCGACCGACCAAAUUGUAUCGCUUGUUGAAUAAAUUGUGGCUAAACACAUUGGGGCGAUUGGGCGGAGAAUGGAUCCUGAUGGUGUUGUUGGGUGCGAGUGUUGCUGUUAUCUCAUACUCGAUGGACGAAAUGAUAACCUUUUUGCAUAGAAGCCGCGUAAGAUUAUUCCACAUGGCGCCGGAAAAUAACAUUCUGCAGUUUCUCGCAUGGGUAUCGCUGCCGGUUCUGCUGGUUAUGUUCGGCGCUGGUUUCGUACAAAUAGUAUCCCCACAAGCGGUUGGGUCAGGAUUUGCUGAAAUACGAUGCAUACUACAGGGAGUGGUUAUCAAAGGUUACCUCAACUUCAGCACACUCGUAGCUAAAGUUGUUGGCUUAACGGCCGUUCUUGGAGCGGGCAUUCCGAUAGGCAAGGAGGGACCCUUCGUACACAUUGCCAGCAUAUUGUCGCAGUUGUAUGGUAGAUUUAUGACACCGAUAGACACCCUUCCGGAGAAUGAUAUACACAAUCUGGACCUGUUGGCCGCUGCGUCAGCUGUUGGAGUUGGUUCUUGCUUCGCGUCACCCGUUGGCGGUGUGCUACUGAGUAUCGAGGCAACGGCACCGUAUUUUGCAGUUCGAAACUAUUGGAGAGGAUUCCUCGGAGCGGUCUGUGGAACGCUCCUUUAUCGUCUGUUAUUUGUUUGGGGCCAUACGACCGAAACAGUCACUGCAUUAUAUCAAACGCAUUUCACCAAGGAAGUAUCCUUCUGUCCGAAGGAGUUGUUUGUGUUUGCGUUGUUCGGGCUGUUGUGCGGAGUGCUAGCAGCUCUUUUCGUUUGGAUUCAGAAAGUUUAUAUACUAUGGAUGAAAUCCACCAAGAUGCACGCAUAUUUACAGAAAACACGUCUCCUGUAUCCGGCUAUUGUUGCGUUCGUCACGGUCAGCCUCCAAUAUCCCUACGGGGUGGGACGUUUUACGGCCGGGGAGAUAUCUAGCCAUGAACACUUCCACCAUUUAUUUUCCAACUUUACGUGGAGUAGGGCCGAUUUAUCGGAUGAGGAAGCACACGUAGUGAACCAUUGGCAAACACCAGAAAGCAGUGCGUUUUUUCAUCUGCUAAUUUUUUUCGCAUUUUCGUUCCUAUUCAGCAUCAUCGGAAGUACGAUGCCGGUGCCGGCGGGAAUGUUUAUUCCGUUGUUCAAAGCAGGAGCAGCACUAGGUCGUUUGGUAGGGGAAUUGAUGCACAUCUGGUUCCCCCAAGGUUUGCCGUAUGGCAACGGCCUACUCGCACCGAUUGUACCGGGGGGCUAUGCCGUUGUGGGUGCAGCAGCUUUCGCGGGAGGUGUGACGCACACCAUAUCCAUAUGCGCGAUGGUCUUCGAGAUAACUGGUCAAGUCAAGUACAUGGCACCGGUUAUCGUGGCCGCCCUAGUAGCUAAUAUCGUGUCCCGGAAGAUACAUCCUUCCAUGUACGAUAUGUUGGCGGAAAUCAAAAAGCUGCCCAAUUUACCGGACAUCUCCUCGUUGGCAUCUGGACAAAAUACUGUUUAUGCACAGGAUUUCAUGGUUCGCGAUGUUUUGUUCAUUUGGAAAGAUAUCUCAUACCAAGAACUGGUCGACAUCUUAGAGGCGAGCAAGGAUUUCAGGAGUCUGCCCUUGGUGGAUAACCCCAAGGAUCGAAUACUGCUGGGAAGCGUAGAGCGAAUACAGCUGCUUAAAUUAAUCGAUAACCAUAUGAGCCGUGCUAGACGCCAGAGAGCGGCAGCUCAGAGGUGGCUUGAGGAGCAAGCGAACACAAAACGCCGGGUUUCGGUGUACGAAUUGUCUCCCGACGAUAAAGAAGAUUCGGAAUCAGACUUGAUGUCAGAAAGUGCGUCCGGUAGCAACAUAUGCAACAACCUUCGACGAUUCUUCAGAAUAAAUCGGGAAACGGAGAAGUUUGACACCGAGCUGAAUACUGGCAUUAGAACGUUUGGUAAAUCAUUUGUGGCUUCUGAUCGAUACUUCGAUUUUCUUCCUGAGGAUCGUAAAAUAUGGGAAGCAGAGGAGAUAGCUAAACCAAUCGAUCUCCAUUUACUGCAGAUCGAUCCGGCGCCUGUACAAUUGAUCGAGAAUACGCCAAUACUGAAGGUACAUCGAAUGUUCUCGAUGAUCGCUAUUGACAUGGCAUAUGUCACGAAUCUUGGUCGUCUGGUUGGAGUUGUGGGUUUGAAUGAGCUAAGAAAAACUGUUGUCGCAGUGAACAAAGGAACGCUGAUCUCGGGAUCUCAUCCACAUAAACAUGACGAAGAGACAGGGUUGCUACAGUUGAACAAAAACAGUUGUGCACGGAUUCCUUCGCUGCAUAGUUACAGUCAGCAGUCUACAUUGGGUGAUCAAAUGGAACAUAGUUCACUACCGUAUAUUGAUGAUUCAUUUGACACCAAGCAAGGUGAUGAGGAUCCGACUCUAACCAACAUUGAACAGAUUGUACAGGAAAGCUAGCAUAUGCCGCUAAAUAAUGAUAAUGGUAGGAUAAUAAAAGCCGUACAUUCGUCAAUUUCAAAAC